GAGCCCUGCAUAAACCAGGUUUAACACGUUCAUACAUAUAUCCCCUUCCUUUCUGCACAGCAAAGGAGAAACUAAUGACUCCAGGAAAAAGAAGUGAGAGCUCAGAGAGAAAUAAUCUGCGUGAAACGUUACUUUUGAUUGUGUCAGUAAGCGGCUCUGGCUGCAGCGGGAAGUUGGGAAACAGGGCAUGACCCAGUGUUUACAGACAGGCUGGAUUAAACAGGAGGAGCAGCAGGAAGACAAGAAGGAAUCCGUUCAGACAAACACGUUCAGCCAAAGGAACAACAUCCCCUCCUUAUCUCGGCUGUGCAACUCAAAGAAGGGGGCGGGUGCUUGGAGUCGCUCUCCGCUGCUGACCUCUGAUAGAUUUGGAAGGACUCUGCAGGACAGCAGCUGCCCCAUCAUGGCGGGUGAUAUGAUGAUGGUUAUGCGUGGUUUGGCUAAGUUAAGCCAGGCGGUGGCGGAGACCCAGAGCAACGCGCUGCGCAAUGGAACUGGAGUUGCAGGCGUUGGUGCUGCUGUCCAGAGUGUCCAAGCAGUCGCAGAGCAAAGUCUCUCAGUAGCCAUGAUGAAAAUACAGGAGCUGUCUGGCCAACAGCAAAGCGCAUCAGAGCCAGAGUUUGAUUUUCCUCAGGAUGAGACGUCGUACGCGGCAUCAGAGUUCAGGGAGGAGCACACAAACUUUACAGCUGAUCACUCAGGGACUGGCACUGAUGCACCAGCAGGAACUAGCACUAUCAAUGGGAAACAGUCAAUGUUUGAGGGAUAUAAGGAUCCUAGUAACCAGUUUAGUGGUCAAACCAGAUCCUACCACCAGGAUGCCAGGUAUUCCCUUGGACAUCAGCUGUAUAAUCACAGCCUGAACAGACAAUUGUCGCAAAAGGUCAUUUAUCAACAGCCUCAGUUUAGGAGCUACCAUCAGGACCAGUCCUCAGUGGGGGGGCUGACAGCUGAGGACAUAGAAAAAACCAGCCAGAGCAAAAGGGCUGACUCCAAGCCACACAAACAGAUGCUGAGUGAAAGAGCCAGAGAGAGGAAGGUUCCUGUGACCCGGCUCGGCAGAUUGGCCAACUUUGGAGGUCUGGCUGUAGGCUUAGGUAUUGGAGCCCUUGCAGAAGUCGCCAAGAAGACUAUGGGCAGGAACGGAGCUGCAGGUGAAAAUAAAAAAGCUGUUCUGGACUCCAGCCCUUUCCUGUCCGAGGCCAACGCCGAGCGCAUUGUCAGAACUUUGUGUAAAGUCAGAGGAGCCGCUUUGAAACUCGGACAAGCUCUAAGCAUUCAAGACGAUGCAUUUAUCAAUCCUCAACUAGCCAAGAUCUUUGAACGUGUCAGGCAGAGCGCUGAUUUCAUGCCGAUAAAGCAGAUGACAAAGGCGCUGAACAGCGACUUUGGUCCAAACUGGAGGGACAAGCUGGAAUCGUUCGAGGAUCGCCCGUUUGCAGCCGCCUCCAUCGGCCAGGUGCACCUGGCGAGGAUGAAGGAUGGCAGGGAGGUGGCCAUGAAAAUACAGUAUCCUGGUGUGGCUCAGAGCAUCAACAGUGACGUCACAAACUUGAUGGCCGUGCUGAACAUGAGCAACGCUUUGCCUGAGGGUUUGUUUCCAGAGCAUCUGAUCGAUGUAAUGAGAAGGGAGUUGGCGCUGGAGUGCGACUACAUCCGAGAAGCUCAGUGUGCAAAGAAGUUCAGAGAGCUGCUGAAGGACGAUCCGUUCUUCUAUGUGCCGGAGGUGAUCGAAGAGCUUAGCAGCACCCACGUCCUGACCACUGAGCUUGUUCCUGGGUUUCCUCUGGACAAGGCUGAGAGCCUGUCGCAGGAGCUGAAGAAUGAGAUCUGCCAGAACAUCCUGUUGUUGUGCCUCAGAGAGCUGUUUGAGUUCAGGUACAUGCAGACGGAUCCAAACUGGUCCAACUUCUUCUACGACCCAAACACGCACAGGGUGGCGCUGUUGGACUUUGGUGCUACCAGAGGUUUUGAUCAGAGCUUCACAGAUGUCUACGUAGAGAUUAUCCAUGCAGCCGCUGAGGGCAACAGAGAAGGAGUUCUGAAGAGAUCUAUUGACAUGAAGUUCCUGACAGGAUAUGAGUCUAAGGCAAUGAUAAAAGCCCACGUGGAUGCGGUGAUGAUCCUCGGCGAGGCCUUUGCGUCUCGUGAGACCUUCGACUUCGGCGCCCAGUCCACCACCGAGAGGAUCCACAACCUGAUCCCUGUGAUGCUGAAGCACCGGCUCACCCCUCCGCCGGAGGAGACGUACUCGCUGCACCGUAAGAUGGGCGGCUCCUUCCUCAUCUGCUCCCGGCUCAACGCCAAGCUGCAAUGUAAGGACAUGUUCCAGAAGGCCUACGAUAAGUACUGGGAGGGCCGCACGCCCCCUGCUGUCUGAGGCGGGCCGCUGGUGAUUUGAUAGACUCGUCCUGGGGCCAACAUCAAAGUGCCGAUUGUUGGGGAGAGAUGAACCGCACAGAGGAGGAUGUGUUACCUUACCUUGGAACACAAACCAUCCAGGUUUCAAGAAGCCAUUUUACUUUUUUAAAGGAACGUUUGAAGCGGGAGCCGCGGCUUUGUUACCUGCUAUAAUCAUGAUGGGCCCCAAAAAAAGAGCAGGAAUGUGGAAGUUGGAGUUAUCGCUCUGCUCUGCUAAUUUCAUUAUAAGUAUUUUUGCUUUUCUUGUUGUUGCUGUGUUUUAUUUUGUCGUUGAACUUAAAUACCAUCGACUCCGUCAGAAAAUGAUGGCAUUAAUACGACUUUGGCGGUUAUUUGGGCCUCAGUUCUGACCAAUGUGUCUGUUUCCCUAAGAAUGAUCGAUCUGACAGUCUGAAUAUAAGCA